GGCAGGAGUCGCACCAAGUUCAACUUGUUUUUAUAGCAAUCAACCUAGCAUGUCUAUCAAGCUGACAACAUAGUCAUGUAUCCGCCUGACAUCGGAUCUUAAUUGACUCAUUCUUGAUGCUGACAAAUCGCUCACGACCAGUUCCUUACCCCUCACUAUCGCAAUAGUUCUAAUUCUCUCAAGUCAACCGUGCUCUGAUUGUCAUCUAAUUAACUCUGAAGCAUGUCUCCUCCUACCAAGUAUGCUGUCGCAUUGUUCCCUGGAUUCCAAGCCCUGGAUGUGUUUGGGCCUUUGGACGUCCUGAACUUCACGUCCAAGCGCCAACCUCUCGAACUCUCACUCCUUCAUACUUCUCUCGAUCCUGUGUCUACGCUAGAAGAUGACUCGCCUGGCCGUAUUGGACAAAGUGUUGUCCCAACUCAUACUUAUGAUAAUGCACCGGACGAUAUUGAAGUCCUGCUUGUACCAGGGGGGAGAGGCUCGCGAAAUCCUGAAAAUGUGAAAAGAGUUCGCGAAUUUGUCAAGGAGAGAUAUCCUAAACUGAAGUUUCUUCUGACUGUCUGCACUGGCAGUGCCAUCGUGGCCCAGUCAGGCUUACUUGAUGGAAAAGAAGCAACUUCGAACAAGAGAUCCUUUGACUGGGUUGAGACUCAAGGACCUGAUGUCAGGUGGGUGCGAAAGGCAAGAUGGGUUGUCGAUGGCAAUAUUUGGACUUCAUCUGGAAUCUCAGCAGGUAUUGAUAUGAUCUAUGCUUUCAUUGCAGAGCAGUAUGGACAGGAAAUCGCAGAUGACACGGCAAAUGGUUCCGAGUAUGUCCGCAACACCGAUUCCAAAGAAGAUCCAUUUGCCGUCUAGCGACACCUCACUCGUCCACUCAGAUAAGGAAGCUCUCUCAAUGAUCACUAGGUAGCUCUUGUUCACGAUCAUAAAUAACAUUUCUUCGUGAGAA